AUGUCGAUUUCUGUGCCGACUCGGGACUCUGUGAGCACGGCCGUGGCCAAAAAUGUGAUCGUCCUGGCUCUGGGCCUCACCAUCAACUACAUCAACGGCACUCUGAUUCACACUUUCAGGAAGCACCAGGAGGACGUCCUCUUCAUCCUCCUGGACGCCGUCCGGCACCCCCUCCCUUCUCGCGCCUCCGGCCGGUCCCCGGGCGGCCGGAGGCAGGUGGAGCUCCGGGGUGUAGGUGAAACUGAAGGGUGUCCGAUAUAUCAGGCUGUCCAUCCUGACCAGGGAAAGGGGAACGGUGAUGGGGCGCCGCAGGCAGCGCCAGCCGUCGGAGAAAACCGUGACGUCCGGAACCACGCACAGCAGCGACCUGGCUGA